AUGCCAUCCCCUUUCCCCGCGUCUACCUCCAAAGCUGGCCAUGGCAUCGUUCACCUGACGCUUAUCGGCUCGACGCCCACCUUCACCACCUUGACCUACUCGUACCCGCUCAAGCUACUUCCCUCGGUAUCUCAUAAGCUUCCUUCGAAAUUAAAGGAUGCCUCUACCUCUGAGCUUAAUGGAUCAUCCCAACCAGCAGCCCUGCCCUCAACAUGUCCCCUCCUCUUCCUCCUCAACUACGGCGGCGGUCUCCUCGCAGGUGAUACCAUCUCAAUCACCCUUACUCUCGACCCUGGCACUCGAAUAUGCUGCACAACACAGGGAAUGACACGUGUCUACGCUCCUGCAGCCUCCUCCAUAUUGUCUCAUCCGCCUUCUUCGCAGAUACUCCACGCUACAGUCGGCGCUGGUGCUGCACUCUGGCUUGCUCCUGAUCCUGUCCAGCCGUUUGCAGGUAGCUACUACGCACAAUUUCAAACCUUUGAAGUUGCGGAUGGAGGAAGUGUGGGCUUUGUGGAUUGGUUCACCGAGGGCAGGACAGCUAGAGGGGAGAAAUGGGACCUAGCGUCAUGGAGGGGCAGAAACGAUGUUUUCGCUGUCUCUUCGACGGACAGUGCGAAUGCGGAAAGGAAGAGGCUACUAGUGAGGGAUGCUAUUAUGCUUGAGCAGCCGGGCUUGAGAGCACGAAUGGACAACAUGGGCAUUAUGGGAACGCUCGUGUUGAGAGGACCGCUGUUUGAGAGCCUAGGCAAAUUCUUCGUUGACGAAUUCGCUUUGAUGCCACGCAUUGGAGGGCGAAAUUGGGAGACAUCUGAGGCUAGCGGUGAUUUGAAGAAGCUGAAUACACGCGACGAUUGGAGGCAACAGAGACAAGAGGCUGAGAAGAACGGGCAGGUGCUGUGGAGCGCUUGUCAUGUACGAGGGUGCACAAUAGUGAAGUUUAUGGCUCCUGCACUACAGCCUGCAAAAGACUGGUUGGUCAAUAUGCUGAGAGAAGAAAGAACGGUCACGAAGGAAUUUGGUCCCUGCGGGGGAUGGUUCGAACGUUGA